GUUACAUAAAUGCCGCAUACUGAUAAAAGCGAAUUCACAGUUCUUAAACUACAUUUACUCGAAUGCUUACUGUCUGCAUAACCAUCAUGGCGGCGCACAGAGGCAGCAGCUCCGUUUCGACCUCUCCGGAGUCUCCCCCAGUUAUGGGGUCGAGUUCCGAGGACGCCCCGCUGCAGUACAGCCUCAUCCUGAAUCACCUGAUCGGGGAUAAGCGGCAGGCACGGGAGCUGAACCCCGCGGUGAUGGGGGGUUUACCAAAUCCGCACAAAAGUGAGGAGCAAAAGAUGAUCGAGAGGGGCAUGGAGAGCUGCGCCUUCAAAGCGGCACUAGCAUGCGUCGGAGGUUUUGUUUUGGGCGGAGCGUUUGGUGUGUUUACAGCUGGUAUUGAUACCAAUGUCGGCUUUGACCCCAAGGACCCGUUAAGAACACCAACAGCGAAGGAAGUUCUCAAGGACAUGGGGCAAAGAGGGAUGUCUUAUGCCAAAAACUUUGCCAUUGUAGGCGCCAUGUUUUCCUGCUCAGAAUGCUUGAUAGAGUCAUACCGAGGGAAGUCAGACUGGAAGAACGCUGUUCUCAGUGGAUGUGUCACAGGGGGUGCCAUUGGAUUCAGAGCUGGGUUGAAAGCUGGAGUCCUUGGAUGUGGAGGCUUUGCUGCUUUUUCUGCAGCAAUUGAGUAUUACCUGCAUUAAUGCACAUCCAGAAUAGACUUCUCUCUGCUGCGAUGCUCAAAAGAAGUGACCAGCGCAUGGCAGGAGUGUGUCGGAGACAUCCUGGGGCCGGAACACCUGAAAUCGCCUUGCAUAUCACUGCUGACGUCCCUUCAGUUCAGUCUCCAGUGACACAGAUUCCCACUGCUACGGCUGCAUGGAUGCAGUAUGUUCAAUACAGGCACUGUUCCCACAGUAUAAAAGUAUGCAACUGGCUUGAGUUUUCCGUACUCAUGGAUUUGAUUUAGCCACAGAAAAUACUGGACUUUAACUAAAGCAGAAAGGUAACUUUUUGUAUUUUUAUUUUAUUUACUGUGACUAGUCAGUGAAUAUAAAGGCAUAUGAAAAAUUUGGAAAGCUCCAAAUGUAAAAAAAAAAACCCUAAACAAAAACAAAGUGUUCAAUGUCGAAGUUACAAUUAAAUUAAAUCUUUGAGUUAUUGUGAAUGUCUUAUUUUCCAAAACGUAAGAAGUUGAUGCCUGACACUUUGUAACCUUAUCAAUGGUAGUUCUGAAAUGCACUGUGGUAAGUCGAAACCUUUUAUCAAUUAAACUUGGCAGGUGCAGGCACCAAAUUAUGUCUGAAAAAAGAUACUGGGACACCACAAGUCAGACAGUACAGUACAAGGCCCUGUAGCUGAUAUCUGAAAGGGUUAUUGCAUCCUUUGCCUAAUACGGGCACCUAUUCCAUAUUUGCAUUUGCUUUGUGCUGCACCAGAGGUCAAUUUACCUGGACCCUGCAUAACAAACCUUGUGAAAGACAAAUAAGCGUCUGUGACGUUUUGUACGACAUCUAUAGGCCUGUGGAUAUUGCACAAGGCACUGUAGAUACCACUGUAAAAAUAAACUCUGCUCAAUGUAUUCCAAAGCA